UCAGCUCUUCUGAAGAGUUUCUCUUUAAUCCUGAUAUUGUUGGAAAUCAUGUAGACGAGAGCAUCAGACCCGAUCAGAAGCUCACACAAGACUCGAUUCAUCAAAACAGCUGAUUGUGUGUCUCAAUAACCCGUGACAUCCAGACAGCACGGUCACAGACACAGAGAUGACAUCGACCACACCUCAUUUUGUUCUUGGCUCCGCCCAUCAGAAAGUAUGUCACUCCCAGACGCAGACAGAUGUUUUGAAGCCCCUGAUGGCAGGAGUGGGACACGGGAGUCAGGCGAAGCGUCUGAGGCGGGUGUUAUCCAAAGAUGGGCGGAGCAACGUGCACAUCGAACACGUCAGCGGGCGUGGAGCUCUGUACCUGCGCGACCCCUGGACCACCUUUGUGGAUAUGCAGUGGAGGUACAAGCUGGUCCUGUUCAGCGCCACAUUUGUGGGCACCUGGUUUACCUUCGGUCUGCUGUGGUACCUGCUGGCAUGGGUGCAUGGAGACCUGUUGGAGUUUAAUCCACCGGCCAAUCACAGCUUGUGUGUGAUGCAGAUGCAGACGCUUACUGGUGCAUUCCUCUUCUCGCUGGAGACGCAGACCACCAUCGGUUACGGCUUCCGCUGCAUUACUGAAGAAUGUCCAUCUGCGAUAGUCCUGCUCAUCAUUCAGCUCCUCAUCACCACUGCUAUGGAGAUCUUCAUCACAGGAACUUUCCUCGCCAAGGUGGCUCGACCUAAGAAGCGCGGUGGGACAAUAUGCUUCAGUCAGCAUGCUGUAGUAACCAAUCACAAUGGUCUGCCGUGCUUGAUGAUAAGAGUCGCCAACAUGCGUAAAAGUCUGCUGCUGGGCUGUCAGGUGACUGGGAAACUUUUACAGCCGUGUCUUCCUAAAGAAGGAGAAGCGGUGCGUUUGGAUCAGAGGAACGUGAAGUUCAGUGUGGACACAGCCAGUGAAAGUCCGUUCCUCAUCGUUCCUUUAACCUUUUACCACAUCAUAGAUGAUGACAGCCCACUGAAAAUCUGGACAGCCAAGGGAGGUGGUUGGAUAGAUUCAGAUCUGAUGGACUUUGAGUUGCUGGUCAUGAUGAGUUCAACAAUAGAGCCAACAUCAGCCACCUGUCAGGUCCGGACCUCUUACCUGCCCGAUGAGAUUCUGUGGGGCUAUGAGUUUCAGCCAGUCGUCUCUCUUUCACCGAAGGGAAAAUACGUUGCAGACCUCACGUGCUUUGACAAAAUGGUGAAAACCAAGACCUCCUCCUUUUUCAGUCAGUCCACAUCCAAAAGACCUGACGGUUACCAUGGAGACAUCAGAGAAACGGACCCGGAGAAGAUGCAACUGGAGCAAAGUUACAGAGAGAGAGCUGAUGAGAAACAGACAGACAAAGAACACAGUCCAGUUAGUGUGAAAAUCAGUAAUGUCUAACACACACACAUGCACAAACACACAUGCACAAACACACACAUGCACAAGCACACAUGCACAAACACACAUGCACAUACACAUGUGCACAGACACACGUGCACAAACACAAACACACGCAUGCAUAGCAUAAGGGAAAUGAAAUCUCUAGGAAAUCAGAAUCAGUUCAAACAUUGAUUAUCAAGUUCAGCGGUUCUCAACUGGUUUCGCUUCAUAAGCUCGAAUUUUACAAUGUACAACAAAUGUCAAUCAAACACAGCACCAUUGAGCAAUUUGUUCAUCGUGCAAAAGUAAAAUCCAGAAGAACUGCUGCAUUCACAGCAUAAUCAAUAUCAGAUCAUAUUUACACUCUAAAAAUGCUGGCUUGUUUUCAAUCCAUCAUUGGGUCAAAAAGGGACAAACAGAGCCCUUGGGUUAAAUUAACCCAGAAAAGUUUUAUUUUUGACCCAACAAUGCACUGUCAGAAAUAAAACACACAACUGCACUGGGGUGAUACCUAAGGUUCUGUUUUGCAUCUUAACAGGUAUACAAACAUAUUACAAUGUUGUACCUUUGGGUGCAUUACUGUACCUUAAAGACUUAUUGUGCACCUUAACAUUUAACUCAUACACAAUAGGUCAUUGGGGUAUAAUAUUGUACCAGAAAAGGUGUGAUUUCAGUGUUUAUAAAAAUGAACCUUUGAGGAUAUCACCCCAGCAACAGAAAAGGUUAAAAGCUUUGUACUUUUUUAAUCUUACAGUGUGGGUUAAAACAACCCAGCAUUUUGUGUUGAAACAAUCCAGCAUAGGUUUAAUUACUGUACAAUCCAACUGGUUGGGUUCGUCCCUUUUUGACCAAACGCUGGGUUGAAAAUAACAGUGUAGUCCUGCUGUUAUAGACCAUUCGUCUUUAUUCUGCUGAACAUUUUAAACUUUAUGAAACUAGAAAAGAACAUUUUUAAAAAAUUAUUUUGGAGGCAUUGAUAUGAUAUACUCUUUUAAAACAGCACUUUAAUGAUUCGCUUAUGCAUAGUUUUGAUAAGCUGAUAUGAACAUUUUAAAUGUGAAUAAAUGAUCAGACCCAAAACAUGCCAUUUUAAAUAGAGGUGCCCAAAUCCAAGGCAGGAAUUUCACAAAAGAGAAGUGUUUCAGUUUAAAAUGUAAAAAAUGUCUGUAUAAAUUACAGUACUACUGGCAGCUGUUUGCCAGUAACUUACUGUAGAUUUGAGUUUAUGUACUGAUAACAGUUUGUUGAAAGUUAAAUGAAGAUUAAACAUUAACAAGUCUUAAUCUUUACCGAAAAAACUACACUGUAAAAAAUACUUUGCUGCCUUAGAAUUUCUUGUUGAAUCAACUCAGAUUUACAAGUCAUUUCAACUUACUAUUAUUUAUCUAGAGAUGAGUUGUUAUAACUACAGGUGAGUUGAUAUAACUUAUAAAAUUAAGUUGACUCUUAUCAACUAUAUUUUAUGAGUUGUGACUACUCAUCUCUGUUGACAUGACUUGUAAAUCUGAGUUGAUUUAACAAAAAAUGUUAAGGUAGCAAAAUAUGUUUUACAGUGUAUAAAAUAACACCCCCAUGCAAAGCAUUUUGGGAAACAAAAUCCUUAUCAACCUUUCCUCUGUUUUUCCUUCAGAUUUUGGUUUCCAGAAUUCUUUGCAUGAGGCUAUUAUUUUAUUAUUUUUUACUUUUAUGUAAUAGCAUCCAAACGUCAUGCAAAUAUUAUACAAAUAUAGUUGUAUCUGCAUCUGUCGUUAAAAAUAUAUGCAAAAUAUGAACGUCUCCUCGGUGAAUUUCGGCACUGCAAUUACACAAAUAAAAAUCCAGCAGAAUUGAAAGAAAUCUGAAUAUUAUUCGCCAUAUUGUCGAUGAUUGUCGGUCUGCCCGUUGAGAACCGCUGCAGUAACGCACAAUGACUGCAAUGAGUUUGAUGAUUUAUCUGCAGCACUGAAUAUUGCACUUAUCAGGGCUUCAUGAUUGAAAAGCACUUUAGUUUUGUAUAUUACGCCCUGUAAAAGCUAUAACCCUGUUUAUAUAGAAAUAUACAGUGACCUUUAGUAUGAAUGAAUGCAUGAAUGUGCCUCUUAAUGCUUUCUGACUGUUUAUUAUGUGCAUAGUUUACAGAAUAUAUUUUUCCUCUAUUACUGAAGUCUGUAACAGCUGACAAUGUUUUACUGACAAGAAGGUGCUUUUACUGACUGACUGAUGUCAAACAUCAAAGUUUACCUAUACAGGCACAAUAAUGUGCUAUUUAUCUGCUUUUAUUACUCAACUAAUGAAGAGAUUUUUGCUGUACUUAGACACUGUAAUAUUUCAUGUCUUGGUAAAAUGAUACAUUUAACUGCAAUGUGGGACUUCUGUCAAUCACUCAAUAAAUUAAUAUUUUAGAUUCUCAGAUGCUGUCAACUGUGAGAAACACAUAAACUGAGUUUUUAAGGAACAAGAAAAUGAAUAAACUGACCUGUAGAUGA